UCACCAGUGAUCUUGAAAAGGGAUUACUCCCAAGUGCAAAGCAUAACAUCUCUUGUGUGUUCCCCUCGCACGUGUGUUCUUUCUGAGUGAAAGAAAGAGAGCGAUAAUCCUCAACAACGGAGCAUAUAUCACACCGCCUACAAAAUGUUGUACGAUUCCGUGGACACUUACUGCCACAGCGCCCUUGAUGACAACAGCGUGAGGAUGAACAAACACGACGAGCUGUCGGACUUCUCGUCGCAGUCGAUUCUGUGCGCCAUGGACCGCUUCGUCAAGGCGGUCAACAACAUGAACGAGACUGUCAUGGUGCCAUGCAGGUUGCUAGACAUGGAGGUCGAGAACAAGAAGAGCAGCGACAAGGUGCCCGUGCUGCUGCGCACCGGCGGCAACCCCUACAGCUUCUACUCGGUGCUCAACUCUGUCAAGAACGACCUGAUUUGGGGCCCCACUUCCAACGACGACGACGACAAUGAAAACAGCACCAGCACGACCAAUAACACGCGGUGGUCCGACCCAGUCGCCGUCAGCAGUGCCGCCAGCACCACGUCGUCGUCGUCGUCGUCGUCCGGGCACGUGAAGGGCCACAUGCGGCGGCAGAGCACGCUGUCCAUGAUCUCCGUGUCGUCGAACGCCUCGGACGGCGACAGCGAGGGCGGCUGCGACGGCAGCGAGGGCGGCGACUCAGGCGUGGAGGCGGAGGACAUGGCGCCCGAGCUGACUGCGGCCGCGCUCACCAACAACCUCCGCACACACCUCCUCGGCCUCCACACCUGCCUCUCCAACCUCACGGACACCGCGGCCUUCAUCACCGAGCGCUACCAGGAGGAGGUCAAUGUCUAGGUCGCCCCCCCCCCCCCUCGUCGCCAAGAGGGCGCGGGGAGCCGUUUCCAGCUUCAGCCCUCAGCUCGAGUCACAACGACCAAGAAUUUAACGAAAAGAAAAGAAAAGGAGAAACCAGAAAUCCCCCCCCCCCUCUUUUCAGGCGACGCAGGGUUUCAUGGGAAAGGGGGAGCGGGAAGACAAGCGGCCUUCCUCCUCCUCCUCCCUUCCGGUCAGUGCAGAGCAAGGCCCCGCAUAUCCCUUCCCUCUCCCCUCUUCCUCCCCCUUCCUCUCCCCCUCCAUCCUCCACCCAUUCACUAGGCGCGGAACGCACUGUUCCGUGUCCCGUGAGAAGGGCUUUUAAGCCGCCACUCGCCCCUUCCCUCCCUCUCGCCUCCCUCUCUUCCUGGCGAGUGGCUUAGCACACACUAGCAAAGAGCAGCCCUCGGGGUGUCACGACGUCGCCAGACUUCCCCCACCCCGAAGGAGCUGCAAGAGGGGGCUGGUCCCCUUCAUCUCGUCUGUGAUAUGAAGCGCGCGCGCGCACCCGCACUGUUUCGUCUCGUUUCCGGCUCUCGCAUGCAUGCACAGAGGCGCACAAGCAUAGGGUAGACCGCCGUCCUGCUCUCCACAGCGAAGGCGGAGGUGAAGAAUGCGUCGAAGUGCACAAACGCCUUUCCUUGCCGUUCACGCCUCUCCCUCCCUCUCUCUCUCUUGGUCAUCGUCUCUCCUCCCAUCCCCCUCCUUCCAUCCUUCCGUCCUUCCUCGCCUCCCUCACGCCCUCCCCCAGAAGCAAAGAGAAGAAUCUAAAUCAGAAGGAAAGAGAGAGAAAAAGAAAUUCAGAUCGAAGUAAAGAGCUUUCCGUGAGAGCCUGACGAAGGGAAAAAAAGAAUUCCCGACGAAGAAAUGUGAGAAGCUUUUCUUCCCGACGAAGGAAAGAAGAAAAAAGGACCAAUUUCUUAUUUUUUUUUUAAGUGUUUGCGCUCCAUGGCGAAUUUGUGUCUCGCUGUGGUAACCUAGCGCCCCAAAGUAUAUGUGUUUGGGUAAUGUGUGAAGGCCGUGGCGGGCUCUCUAUAUCAGUCUCGUUCUAUCUAUCCAUUCAUCUCAGUAUAUCAGAUCUGUCUAUCGAAAUUCUAAAUCCUCCUCCGUACAAGCUGUCAACAGUUGUCUGUCUCGUCUAUCCCUUAUCCUUCUUUCAGUCGAGGUGCGUGUGUGUAUGCGUUUUAAUUUCCAGUGUAUAUCUAAAGAUUAUCGAAUGUAUAUGAUUAAAAAUCCUUCAAUGGAAUACAUACAUACCACAAUGCCCUUUUUGGAUUAGACUGUGCGUAUGUGUACGUGGAACUUUGAUGUGUACAUAGAGAGAGUCCAUCACAGCUGCCACUUUAAGGGAAUUAUGAUUAUUGUUGUAGUGUUAUAUCUGUAAUUAUUAUUAUUUUUAUUUUGUAUUGUAUUGAUUUAAUAAAUAUAGAUAUUUCG